UCACCGGAAAUGACGGAGGUGUUGUGGUGCCCUCUGCUUGCCGUAGUUGUAGUUGUAUGAAUCAGUCACCGGAAAUGACGCAGGUGUUGUGGUGCCCUCUGCUUGCCGUAGUUGUAGUUGUAUGAAUCAGUCGUCGUUGACAGUCUUCGGGAUAUGACUUUGCUUUUGUAGUAGAGCUAACGUUAGCUAGACCGUUAGCUGGUUGUUUUAGGAUUACUUUAGCCGAAAGAGAGGAAAACGAGGACUAACGGUUUCUCUGAUCUAACCCGCGUUAUUAGUUAGCAUUAUUAUUAUUAUAAUUACUUUUAUACCAUGACACUAAUAUAAUGUUCAUGUUCUCUGCUGGGGAAAUCUAACUUAACUCAAGCUAAAUGGCUAACGCUAGCUAGCGUGUCAGCAGGUUGUGAAUCUGAUAAGUUGGUCUCAGUUUGUGGUAAAAACAGUUUUUAUUCUUUACAGGGAGCAGAUAGAGACAGGGAGAACAGCCGGGUAGAAUAACAACGAGCACAGGAGUUAAACUGAGUUAGCAUUGAGAAGCUAGCUGUCCGGGUUGUGGAACAUGAAACAGGUUCAGGCUGAGACUUUGGGAUUUGUUCCACAGAAAGAUAUCGUGUACAACAAACUCCUGCCGUACGCGGACAGGUUAGAUGAUGAAUCUAACGAGAUUCUGAGUCAAAUUAAAGGAAACCUGUGCCGAGCUGUGCAGCUCAGAGAGCUAUGGCCCGGUGUGCUGUUCUGGACCAGGAAACUUUCCACGUACAUGAGACUGUACGGACGAAAGUUCAGCAAAGCAGACCAUGUGCUGUUCAUCAAGUUACUGUACGAGCUAGUGACGAUCCCUGGCCUGGAGAUCAGCAUGAUGCAGGGCCUCGCUCGGCUUCUUAUCAACCUCCUCAAGAAAAGGGAACUACUGUCCAGGGAAGACCUUGAGCUGGAUUGGAGACCACUGUACGAGCUGCAUGACCGGAUUCUCUUCUCCAAGACGGAGCACCUGGGCCUCAACUGGUUCCCAAACUCUGUGGAGAGUGUGCUGAAAACCCUCGUGAAAAGCUGCAGACCAUACUUCUCUGAGUCUGCAACUCAGGAGAUGCUGGAUGAGUGGAGACCGCUCCUCUGUCCCUUUGAUGUCACCAUGCAGAGAGCAAUCAGCUACUUUGAGCUCUUUCUGCCCACAACGCUGCCUCCAGAGCUGCACCACAAAGGCUUCAAGCUGUGGCUGGAUGAGCUGAUCAGCCUUUGGGUGUCUGUACAGAAUCUCCCGAGCUGGGAAGUGCACCUCGUCAAUCUCUUUGCUCGCUUGGCCAAUGACAACAUCGGCUACAUUGAUUGGGACCCUUACAUCCCCAAGAUUUUCACGAGAAUUUUGAGGAGUUUGAAUCUCCCUGUGGGGACCAGUCAGAUGAUGGUACCACGUUACGCCACCAAUGCCUACGACAUCAGCCAUGUGGUACUUUGGGUCUCCUCCCUCUUGGGAGGACCCAGCAAGCAAGCUCAAGCACAGCUCAGUGGCCUUUUCAACAGUAUCACAUCCUUCUUCCACCCGUCAAACCAUGGCCGCUGGCUGAUGAAGCUCAUGAAGCUGCUCCAGCGCCUCCCUGCCAGUGUGGUACGGCGACUUCACCGAGAACGCUACAGAAAGCCUACCUGGCUGACACCCAUACCUGACAGCCACAAGCUUACAGAGGAGGACAUCACUGACUUUGUAGAAAGUAUGAUGCAGCCGGUUCUCCUGGCCAUGUUCAGUAAGACGGGCAGCCUGGAUGCAGCUCAGGCCCUGCAGAACCUUGCUCUAAUGAGGCCGGAGCUGGUCAUCCCUCCUGUGUUGGAGAGAACAUACCCAGCUCUGGAGACAUUAAUAGAGCCUCACCAGCUGACUGCCACCCUGAGCUGCAUGAUCGGGGUGGCACGGAGCCUAGUGUCAGGUGGGCAGCGCUUUCCUGAGGGGCCCACUCACAUGCUGCCCCUGCUCAUGAGGGCUCUGCCGGGCGUCGACCCAAAUGACUUCAGCAAGUGCAUGAUCACAUUCCAGUUUAUUGCAACAUUUGUGACCCUUGUGCCUUUGGUGGACUGCUCGUCUGCCCUACAUGAAAGAACAGACUUGACAGAGGUGGAAAGAGAGAUGUGCUCGGCCUCAGCGGAGUUUGAAGACUUUGUGCUUCAGUUCAUGGACAGAUGCUUCGCCCUGAUCGACAGCAGCACUCUGGAACAAACGCGAGAGGAGACAGAAACAGAGAAAAUGACCCAUUUGGAGAGCCUGGUAGAGCUGGGCCUGUCCUCCACCUUCAGCACCAUCCUCACUCAGUGCUCUUUGGACAUCUUCAAGGUGGCUCUGGAAAAGGUGUUCAACUUUGCGACCACAAACAUCUUUGAGACGCGUGUAGCAGGACGGAUGGUGGCUGACAUGUGCAGAGCAACUGCCAAGUGUCACCCCGCAGAGUCGCUCAAGAUGUUCGUGCCACACUGCUGUAAUGCAAUAAACCAAAUCGCUAUCAAUGAGGAAGUUUUGAACGAGGAGGAGCAUGACAAGGAGUUGUUGUGGAACCUCCAGCUGUUGUCUGAGGUGACCCGGGUUGAUGGCGACAAGAUCCUCCCCUAUCGCUCAGACCUCGUGCAGAUUUUGCAGCUGACGCUCCACCUUAAGUGUAAGCAAGGCUACACGCUAGCUUGCAACCUGCUGCACCACAUCCUUCGCUCUUCAGCCCUCAUCUACCCCACAGAGUACUGCAGUGUGCCCGGAGGCUUCCACCAGCCAAUCAGUGACUACCUACCUAUCAAGGACUGGGGUCGACCUGGGGACCUUUGGAACUUGGAUAUUCGGUGGCAUGUGCCCAGUGUGGAGGAGACAUCCUUUGCUUUUUACUUACUGGACCUGAUCCUGCAGCCUGAACUGCAGCGCCUUCAGAGAUUCGCGCAGGGAGAACAGGACAUGAGCAGAGACGAUGUACUGCAGAGUCUGACCAUCAUUCAGCACUGUCUCCUGGGAGCUGGAAGUUUGAUGCCUCCUUUGAAAGGAGAGCCUAUCCCUGAACUGGUCCACAGCAUGGUGAACCUAGACGAGACCAACCUCUACACUGGGAUGGAAUAUGAUGGAUCUAGAGAGAACUACAGAGAUGCUGUGUGUAGUGUAAUGAGACAGCUGCUGCAUUACAUCCUGGAGCACUCUGAAGAUGACACCAAGUCUCUUUUCUUGAUCAUCAAGAUCAUCAGUGACCUGUUGCAUUUCAAAGGCUCUCACAAACACGAGUUUGACUCCAGGUGGAAGAGCUUCAACCUUGUGAAGAAAUCGAUGGAAAACAGACUUCAUGGCAGAAAGCAGCACAUCAGAGCUCUGCUCAUAGACAGAGUCAUGCUCCAGCACGAGCUGAGAAAGCUGACGGUGGAGGGAUGUCAGUACAGGAGCAUUCACCAGGAGCUGAUGAGAGAUCUGUUGAGGCUUUCCACGAGCACCUACAGCCAAGUUCGCAGCAGGGCUCAGAACGUGCUGUUCACUGCGCUGGGGACUUACAACUUCUGCUGCAGGGAUCUGAUCCCUCAUGUCCUGGAGUUUCUCAACCACGACAACAAGAGUGUCACACAGCAGCAGUUCAAGGGUGCCUUGUACUGUCUCCUGGGGAACCACAGUGGAGUGUGCCUGGCAAAUUUACACGACUGGGAGUGCAUCGCUCUUACGUGGCCCGCCAUCGUCCGCUCUGGCCUCAGCUCGGCCAUGUCUCUGGAGAAGCCCUCCAUUGUGCGUCUCUUCGAUGACCUCGCAGACAAAAUCCAUCGCCAGUAUGAGACCAUCGGCAUCGACUUCUCUAUUCCUGAUGAGUGCUAUACUGUGGCCAAACAACUGAUGAUCGCUGGGAACCCUCUCCCAGCAGACCCUGUCCCUUCAGAGGAAGAAGUCACAGACGGUCUAAAGAGGCAGGAGCUCAAGAACACCGAGUCUGUUGGGAAAUACAAGCAGCUCAUUGGUGAUCUGUUGGACAGCAUCAACAACAGGAACAUGCCUUGGAAGUUUGAACAUAUUGCUAUUGGCUUCCUGUCUUUGCUGCUGAGAGACGACCAACAACUCCCACCGGCUGCUGUUACAUUCUUUGUCAAAAGCCUCAACCAUGACUCCCUCUACGUCCGCAAGGUGGCGAUAUCAGCUGUGGCAGGGAUAAUGAAACAAAUAAAGAGACCACAUACGAAAGUCCCUGUCAGCCCAUCAGAGCUUUGUGGAGACAAGGAGCUCUGUGGUAAGGUAGCAGGAGACCGUAAAGACAACCAGUGGCUCCAGUACAACAGCGGCAACCUGCCUCGCACACAGCAGGCCUGGGACAGCUGUGUGUUUGUAGAGAAGACUCACUGGGGAUACUACUGCUGGCCGAGAAAACUGAUGAUGUAUGCACCACUGGAGGAGCAACCCAAGCAGGAGCUGCCCAGAGAGGACAUGACAGAGCGGGAGCAGAUCAUCUUCGACCAUUUCUCAGACCCAGUAUUCAUCAACCAGUUCGUUGAGUUUCUCUCUCUUGAGGACCGUAAAGGCAAAGACAAGUUCAGUCCUCGCAGGUUCUGUUUGUUCAAGGGAUUGUUCCGCAACUUUGGCGACGCCUUUGUUCCGCUGCUUCAGCCUCACAUGGAUCGCCUGGUGGUGGACUCCCAUGAGAGCAAACAGCGCUGUGUUGCAGAGAUCAUCUCUGGUCUGAUCAGAGGCUGCAAACACUGGAGCUACUCCAAGGUUGAGAACCUUUGGGAGCUUUUGUGUCCACUGCUCCGUACGGCUCUGUCCAACAUCACGAUAGAGACGUAUGCAGACUGGGGAACCUGCAUUGCCACGGCCUGUGAGAGUAGAGACCCACGCAAGCUACACUGGCUGUUUGAGAUGCUAAUGGAGUCACCGGUGAACGGAGAGGGGGGCUCCUUUGUGGAUGCCUGUCGUCUCUACGUGCUGCAGGGAGGUCUGGCUCAGCAGGAGUGGCGUGUUCCAGAGCUGCUCCACAGGCUGCUUCAAUACCUGGAGCCCAAACUCACGCAGGUCUACAAGAAUGUACGGGAACGGAUUGGCAGCGUGCUCACGUACAUCUUCAUGAUUGAUGUCAACUUGCCGUACACUCAGCCGACCACCUCUCCACGCAUCGCAGACUUCACAGAGCGCAUCCUGGUGCAGCUCAAGCCUCUAACGGAGGGUGAUGAGGAGAUCCAGAACCACGUGAUCGAGGAGAAUGAAGUGGGAGAGCAAGAUGAGCGGACACAAGCCAUCAAGCUUCUCAAGACAGUACUAAAGUGGCUGAUUGCAAGUGCUGGUCGCUCCUUCUCCACUGCUGUACCUGAACAGCUACGGAUGCUCCCCCUGCUCUUCAAAAUUGCUCCAGUGGAGAAUGACGACAGCUACGAUGAACUGAAGAGAGAUGCAAAGACCUGCCUGUCUCUGAUGUCUCAGGGACUUCUGUACUCUGAGCAGAUCCCCAUGGUCCUCAGUGCCCUGCAGGAGAUCGCUGGCAGCAGCUCCUGGCACGCUCGCUACACUGUUCUCACAUACCUUCAGAUAAUGGUUUUCUACAACCUGUUCACCUUCAUGAGCGAUCAGAAAGCAGUGGAUGACGUACGGGCGCUGGUGAUACGGCUGCUGGAGGACGAGCAGCUGGAGGUAAGAGAAAUGGCCGCCACUACACUCAGCGGCUUCCUGCAGUGCAACUUUCUGUCCAUGGACGCCCCCAUGCAGGCACAUUUCGAGGCCCUCUGCAAGACCUGCUUACCUAAGAAGAGGAAGAGGGAGCUUGGCUCUAUUGUGGACACUAUACCCUCUGCUGACCUGGUGCGGCGUCAUGCAGGUGUUCUUGGGUUGAGCGCUUGCAUUCUCUCAAGUCCGUAUGAUGUGCCCACCUGGAUGCCCCAGCUUCUGAUGGACCUGAGUGCUCACCUCAAUGACACGCAACCUAUUGAAAUGACUGUAAAGAAAACUCUUUCAAACUUCCGGAGGACUCACCAUGAUAACUGGCAGCAACACAAGCAGCAGUUCACAGACGACCAGCUGCUGGUUCUGACUGAUUUACUGGUCUCCCCCUGUUAUUAUGCCUAAAGCCUGUUUGGGACAACCCAAAACUGACCGAUACCAGCCUGCAAUGUGGAGGAGUCUCCAGGUCUUGAAUGAUUAAAGACACAGCAUCACCCUGAAGAAGAGUGUCACGUGACGCCACUACACUGUGGCAUCGAAGAGGACUGAAAGUUGUGUAUUUAUGUAUUUAGCUCAUUUACAUUUCUACUAUACUUAAUAUUUAAGGAUCAAUCAUAGCAGGGACGGAUGACCUGCAGUUUGUAACAUUUCUGUACAGUUUUUUUUUCUCUUUGGUUUGUUUGUGUGCAUUUGCACGAGUGUGUGUGUGUGUGUGUGUGUGUGUGUGUGUGUGUGUUUGAGUUUAUGGGAUGCUUGAAGACAUCUGCCAGUGUCCCACACAUUUCUCAGGAUUCUUUCCCAAGUUUCAACUCUGAGCCAACACCCUGUCCAUGUAGGACACGCUCUGUAUUCCACUAGUGGAGUAUUGGUUUGAAGCCACAGAGAACUGCUUUAGAUUAGGCUUACACAUGCAAUACACACAGUGUUUGUGUGGCUGUUUGAUCUAUAUGUGAUUAUAUGCAUCAUGUAUGUGUAUGUCAUCGUAUAGCAAAUAUGCACAAACAUAUUUAUUUAUUUAUGGAUUUUUUUUUUUUUGAAGUGCUUUGUUUAAUUUUUUUUCUCUUCUUAGAAAUAAUUUCUGAGAUUCAGUAGAUGUCUGAGAUUUUAGCAGUGGAGUCUAUUCUCAUCUCCUAUAGCAAAGGAAGGGAGAGGGCAAGCUCCCCCCUGCUGUGAUGUGUGAAGCGUUUGCUGUGAGGACCUGAGCACCGUUUGAGCACCGUUUCAUGUGUCUUGGUGCAAGAAGAUAUUCACACCGCCUGUCCAUAACUUUGACCUCCUCCCUUUUAUUCUUGGUUACAUUUAUCUUUUUCUAAAACACAGUGAGAUGAGAUUACAUGAUGUUGGUUUGCUUACAUUUCCCCUGAUAACUUGAAAUCAGUCCAAGCAUUGAAGCAUUUAGUUACCUCACUUAUGUAUAGUGUAGUGCCAAAACUGCAGUGAUUUUUUUUUUUAGAUGUACUGUUUGCUUAAUGAAUGAGACGACAAUAAAUUGUUUGUAACAAAACAAA